GGAGGAGUGUCGGGCUGUCGAUGGGAACGGGGAUCCGCAGGUAGUGGCCGGGCGACAGACAAUGGAUCCGGUCAUUUAUUUGGCCGUACUGAUGGCGUUGCUGCUAUUCUGGGUCCGGAGAAAAGGCGUGGAGUAUGUGAUCAUCCACCACCGCUGGGUCUUCGUCUGCCUCUUCCUGCUGCCCCUCUCCGUUGUCUUCGACGUCUACUACUACCUCAGGGCUUGGUUAGUGUUCAAGAUGUGCAGUGCCCCCAAGCAACACGACCUGCGGGUCAGGGACAUCCAGAGGCAGGUCAGAGAAUGGAAGGAUCAAGGAAGUAGAACGUACAUGUGCACGGGCCGACCAGGGUGGCUGACUGUGUCACUGCGGGUGGGCAAGUAUAAGAAGACACACAAGAAUAUCAUGAUCAAUUUGAUGGAUAUUUUGGAGGUGGACACCAAGAAUCAGGUUGUCCGUGUGGAACCGCUGGUAAACAUGGGUCAGGUAACUGCACUUCUGAACUCGAUUGGCUGGACUCUUCCAGUGGUACCGGAGUUGGAUGACCUCACUGUGGGUGGCCUUAUCAUGGGAACUGGCAUUGAAUCUUCAUCUCACAUCUAUGGCCUUUUCCAAAACAUCUGUACAGCCUAUGAGCUGGUCUUGGCUGAUGGCAGUCUUGUUAGAUGCACAGAGAAAGAGAAUCCAGACUUAUUUUAUGCUGUGCCUUGGUCAUGUGGUACACUCGGAUUUCUUGUGGCUGCAGAGAUCAAGAUUAUUCCGGCUAAGAAAUACGUGCGUCUGCAGUACCAAGCAGUGCGUGGUCUGCAGACAAUAUGCGAAACGUUCAGCAGAGCAUCCCAAAACAAAGAGAACCAUUUUGUGGAGGGCCUCUUAUAUUCACGGGAUGAGGCUGUGAUAAUGACAGGAGUCCUUACUGACGUUGCUGAACCAGAAAAGAUCAAUAGAAUUGGCUAUUACUACAAACCAUGGUUCUUUAAACAUGUGGAGAAAUACUUGCAAGAGAGCCACAAUGCAGUGGAAUACAUCCCUCUGAGGCAGUACUAUCACCGUCACACUCGCAGCAUUUUCUGGGAGCUUCAGGAUAUAAUUCCAUUUGGCAACAAUCCACUCUUCCGUUAUGUGUUUGGCUGGAUGGUCCCUCCCAAGAUUUCAUUACUGAAACUGACCCAAGGCGAAACUAUUCGUAAGCUGUAUGAGCAACACCAUGUGGUGCAAGACAUGCUGGUGCCAAUGAAGAGUUUGGAGAAGUUGAUUCUUUUCCUGCACAGUGAGAUUAAUGUUUACCCUCUUUGGUUGUGUCCCUUCAACCUACCCAGCCUACCUGGUAUGGUCCACCCAAAGGGGAAUGAAGCUGAACUGUACGCAGAUGUUGGGGCCUAUGGAGAACCCAAGGCCAAGCAGUUUGAAGCCAGGUCAUCGACCCGGCAGCUGGAGAAAUUUUUACGUGAUUCACACAGUUUUCAGAUGUUGUAUGCUGAUUGCUAUUUGACCCGAGGAGAGUUUUGGGAGAUGUUUGAUGGGUCUCUAUACCACAAGUUGAGACGCAAACUGAACUCUGAAGAUGCAUUCCCUGAGGUUUACGAUAAGAUCUGCAAGGCAGCAAGACACUGAGAGUCCCAGGGAAGAAGCCAAAUGGAAUUCAAUAGUAAAUCAAUUUUCAUUGAAAGAUGUAUGUCAGGAUUUUUUAAAUCCAAAGAUUUUUCCAUUUCUAUCAUGAAAACUUUUUUCUGAACCUACUCUGAUCUUUACCUUUCCUUUUUCUCUCUAUACCCCUAAUCUCAUAAAGCAGUGAAUCAUGUUGAUGUUCAAUUCUGUAGGCAUCAGCAACCAUGUGGCACAUGAAAAUUUAGCAUUUGUGUGUGAUCCUGAAAUCCAUCACUUCUCUGUGCAACACCAGUUGGUUAAAUCUGGUCACUAAUGCUUAAGUACGUGACCCACUUCUUUCUGGAGACCCACGAGAUUGCAGAUGCUGAAUCUGGAGUAAUAAACAAUCUGCUGGAGGAACUCUGCAGGUUGAACAGUAUACCUACUGUUUCCUUUUUUACUCUUAGUCCUCAUAGAGUUUUGAUGUAAAACAUUGACAGUUCCUGCCCCCUGCAUAGAUGCUGCUCGACCUACUGAGGUUUCUCUAGCAGAUUGGAAACGUAAGAGUCUGCAGAUGCUGGAACCCAGAGCAACAUGAGAUGCUAGAGGAACUCAUUAAGUCUCAAACUGAAAUGUUGACUGAACAUUUCCCUCCAUUGAUACCUCCCGACCUGCUGAGUUCCUCCGGUGUCUUGUUUUUGCUCUUUGUGCAGAUUGUUGCUUGCUUAUUCUGGUUUUUGUUUUUUUUUUUGGUUUAUUGGCAAGAUAAUAUUAAAUAUAAGGAAUAUUUAGUUUUAUAGUUUUUGGUAAGGCACAUGCAGAAAUCUUGGUGUAUCAUGGGCUGGUUGUAACCAGGCAAUAAUCAUUUGGGUGCCAAAUACUGUGUCAGAAUCCACUGAGCCAAUGUGGGAGAGCUAAACGUUUUCUAAUUGUUUUAUUUACCUGUAUUUCUAGUAAAAUGGGUAAUGUUUAGUCACAUUUGUGUAAAAUCAGCUAUUCUAACAGCAUGAUGUGAAAUAUUUAGUUACAAUUGUUUUAAAAAAUUGAUUCAACAUUUUUUGCACUUUAUCAAAGUGCAGUUUCAUUAGAUAAAUGUGUGAAUGAUGUAAUGUGCUCUUGUGCUGUGUUCAAGGGUAUAAUGGCUGCUGCUCUGACCCAUGUCAUUGUAGAGUUCCUAUUCACUUUAGUUAUUACAUUAAGAAAUUGGUUUAAGUCUUCAACCUAUAUAUAUGUUCAUUAAUAGUCAAACACUUCAAAAUUAUCUUCAUUAUUCUAGGAGUUUCACAUUUUGAAAUUCAAUUUAACCUUUAGAAAAGUAAAGGUUAAGUAUCUUACUAGGGGAAGUAUCUGGUUCUUUAUUCCCUGGAGUGCAGACUAUGAAGAAUGACUUCAUACAAGUUUAUAAAAUGAGGGUUAUGGAUAAGGUAGAUGGUCAUAGAAUUUUUUCCCAGGGUCAGGUAGAUCAAAAUCUGAAGGCAGAGAUGCAACAUGAGUGGGGUAAAAUUUACUCAGAUGAUAGUGAAUAUCUGGAAUGAGUUGUCAGGAGAAAUGGUUGAGCCGGGUAUAAUUGCAACUUUUGAGGCAUUUUGCUAGCUACAUGGGUAGAGGGGCUUGGAGUGUUAUAGGUCAAAUGCAGGAAACUGGAACAAGCAGAGAGGAUGCUCUGCCUGCUAUUGACCAGUUGUGUAAAAGGGCCUGUUUCGGUGCUGUACUACUCUGAAUCUAAGUCAGCUUUUCACUUGUGGUAAAGCCAGCAACCAAAUUCAGCACUUCUGACAACAACACAGUAGAUCUGUCUGGCUAUAAGUGGAUAGUGUUCCAACUUUCCAAGUAUUCUUGCACAUACACCCAUCAUAAUCUCCCUCUGUUUAGGCAGAUACUUGUGGUUACAUUUGGAAUGGGCACAUUUGUUUGUGUAUGAGAGUCUGAAGAACGUUCAGGCUUCCAGGCAUCAUUUGAACAUACUGGUAGUGAGUCCACAGCCAGUCGAAGAGCCCAUUAGUUGCAGACUGCAGCCUCAGUUCAGCACGGAGGCAAAUAAACCUUGCGGAGCAGCGAGCUCAACACCGGCUCAUCCCUUGCCUCUGACCUUUUCAGUCUGGCUUUGUGCUUAAGUCGUUGUAAGUGAGGAGUUCUGUACUCAACAAUAAUCAAAAACUAGCAGAAAGUUAAAAGUUGUACUUGCAGCUUUAUUGGUCUGUAAUCUUUGAGUUACUCAACCUUGUGACACACUUAUCAGAACGGGUUUAUUAUUAUCACAUAUGAGAUACAGUGAAAACAGUGUCUUGCGUAUUGUUCAUACAGAUCAGAUCAUUAAGAAGGAACAAGGUAAAACAAUAAUACUGUGCAGAAUAAAGUGUAACAGCCACAGAGUGCAGUGGCAGGAAAGAUGUAAGCUCAUAACGUAGUAGAUUGUAAGUUUAAGUGUUCAUCUUAUCAUACUUGUAAAUCAUUUAAUAGUCUUGUAACAGCAGAGUAGAAACUGUUCUUCAGCUUGGUGAUUUCAGGCUUUUGUAUCUUCUGCCCAAUGGAAGAGGGGAGGAUGGAAUGUCUGGGGCAGGUGGGCUUUUGGAUUAUGCUGAGAUAGUGAGAUGUAUAGAUAGAUAGAGAAGCCGAAUUUCGUGAUGUGCUGUGUCCACAACUUUGAAGUUCCUCGCUGUCGUAUGCAGAACAGUUAUCAUACCAAUCUGUGAUGCAUCCAAAUUCAUUUUUUUUUUAAACGGUGCAUGAAUUCUAAAAAUUGAGUUGAAGGGGACAGGCCUGUUUAGCUUUCUGUGAAGGAAGAGCAGCUGGUGAGCUGUCUUGGCUGUCGCAUUUGUGUGGUUGGACCACGACAGUCUACUGGUGAUGUUCACUCCUAGGAACUUGAAGUUCUCAACCUCCGCACUGUUGAUAUAGACAGGAGCAUGUGCACUGCUCCCCUUUCUGAAGUCAAUGACCAGCUCUUGUGCUUUGCUGGCAUCAAAAGGAAGGUUGUCGAUCUCCUUCCUGUACUCAGAGUCAUCACUAUUGGAGAUGUGGCCCACUAUGGUGGUGUCAUCUCUAAAUGAUGGAAUUAGAGCAGAAUCUGGUCUACAGGGGGUAGUGUAUCUUCUAUUUCCCUUUUCAGCUGACACUAGUAAUACUCUUGUACAGGCAAGAUAUUCUUUAAAUCUGUACAAAUACAUAAUUUAUUGUUUUGUGAAUCUUUUCACGUCUAACUGGACAUAUUCUGUAGUUCAUUUGAUUUCCUGUUUUGAUUGGGUAAAGAUCUGGUCAAGCCAUUUACUGUCUUUCAGUGAUUUGAAGUUUGUGUGUUUUACAUAAACAGUUCAAAACUGUCAAUAAAACGGAAAAAUUAAGCUAAUUAUUUAUAAAAGGAAUUGGGGGCCUUUGCAAUACUUAAGCUUUGGCAGUGUAAAAAAAAAGUGUGUUGGUGCAGGAGUUUAAAUCCCAAAGAGUUUGGUAUACUGCUCGUCAUUAUGAAAGCUUACAUUCUUAUUGUAAAAUGUUAUAUUGUUUCAUUUAGUAUCUCCUGCAAGUGGCUCCUUAUUUAAGUUGUUUCUAAUCAAUUUAUUUAUUGAUACGUUUUGUCCUUUCAAGAUUUUUAAAAACCUGACCAAACAUCUUUGCUGUUACUGUUGUAUUUGAUAUUAGUGAAGAUUCUGUCUAUCGACUGACCUUCCAAAAUGGAAAUUAAGCACACGACAUGAGGAAUUGCGCUGUUUGCAGACCUGAGAACGUGCUCUCAAACCAAUGACGUGGCAAUGUCUUGAGGGCAGUAAAACUGUUUAAUAUUGACCUCAAUCUGCUUCUGAAGGUUUGAAUGUGCUCUUUCAAUUUCAUCUGAUUGUAAUUAGAACAUUUUGUUUAAAUAGUCAAAUUGUGUAAUUUGCAUUUCUUCUGAAAUAAUCUGUAUUAAAAAUGCUUAAAACUGAAAA